CUGCCCUAAAAAUUGAACCCGUUGUUGGGUGCAAAGCGAAGCUGAGUGUAACAUGGGAACCUCUUCAAACCGAAGCGCCACCGUGCACAAGGACGUUGACUAUGCACAGUACUUCUGCACCUAUGCUUUCCUUUACCAUCAGAAGGAGAUGCUCUCCGAUCGGGUUCGCAUGGAUUCUUACUUUAAUGCCAUUUUUGAGAACAAACGUCACUUCAUUGGAAAGACUGUUUUGGAUGUGGGAACUGGAAGUGGCAUUCUUGCUAUAUGGUCAGCACAAGCAGGUGCAAAGAAGGUAUAUGCAGUGGAAGCUACCAAGAUGUCAGAACACGCCCGUGCACUUGUCAAAGCAAAUAAUCUCGAAGGAAUAGUUGAAGUCAUCGAGGGCUCAAUGGAGGAUGUUACCUUGCCGGAGAAAGUUGACGUGAUCAUCUCUGAGUGGAUGGGUUAUUUUCUUCUGCGUGAAUCUAUGUUUGAUUCAGUUAUAUGUGCUCGUGACCGCUGGCUCAAGCCAACAGGAGUGAUGUAUCCCAGUCAUGCACGUAUGUGGAUAGCACCUAUGAGGACUGGGAUAGGAGAUCACAAAAUGGGUGAUUACCAAUCAACUAUGGAUGAUUGGCACAACUUUGUUGAUGAAACAAAGACCUACUAUAGCGUUGAUAUGAGCACUUUAACGAAGCCUUUUUCAGAGGAGCAGAGAAAAUACUAUCUACAGACAUCAUUGUGGAACAACCUUCAUCCACAUCAAGUCAUAGGAACUGCUGCAAUAAUAAAGGAAAUUGAUUGUUUGACUGCCACAGUGGCUGAUAUAGAGAAAGUCAGAUCAAAGUUUUCUUUAUCAAUAACCAUCGAAAACACAAAGUUGUGUGGAUUUGCAGGGUGGUUUGAUGUACAUUUUAGGGGUAGAAGCGAGGAUCCAGCUGAACAUGAGAUUGAGUUAACUACAGCUCCCAGCGUAGAUUACAAUACGCACUGGGGCCAACAGGUUUUCCUCUUGCAUCCUUCUACCCAUGUGAGUGAAGGUGAUAAUUUAAGUGUUUCUUUCCUAAUGAGUCGCUCAAAGGAAAACCAUCGUUUGAUGGAGGUUGAGCUUGGGUGUGAGAUUCAACAGCAUUCUGGCAAGCUUAUUGCACCCUUCAAAAAUAAGUACUACGUAGAAUGACGGUUUGAACUCACUGCUCUGGGGCUUCAAGCAUUAUAUAAGGAGUGAGCGUUACAUGAUUUGUCAUCAUGGGGAAACUGUAUGGUUAUCAAUGUGGGGGUUGCAUGAGUUCAUCAUUAAAUUGGAGAAAAGCAGUUGGCGCUAUUUAGAACAAUUUUGGUUCUUCCAAUCAUUUGGUUGACUUGCGAUGCCCAAGGACUUUAUUCUUACCUGACUUUGUACUUUUUGGUUAAUCAUCUGUUGGAUUCCUGAUGCUUUUUAUUUUGGUGUUCCAUUACACAAUUUUUUUUUUCUCUCAGCAUUUAUAAUACGAUGAAAUUAUAAAUGUUGCAAUCUCCCCAACAAGGUUAAUUUUUUCUCUUGGCAUUUAUA